AUGGAUGAUUUACGGCGUGCCAUCCAACACUCUAGUGAAGACUUGCCUAUCUCUGCGACAUCCGCGCUUCGUGCAAAUAUCAACCUGAUGAAUCGGCUAUCUACGAUCCGUGACCAACACCACAAUGAAUCCGUCAUCAACGACUUAGAUCUUCAUGAGUGCUCCUCGCCCGACACCAUCUUGUACCGGGUUCUCACUCCUGAACCCUUUUCGUACGAAGACGCGCUCUGGGACGACUUGAAAGCACACUUACGCGUAAAGGAAGCUUUUGAGAACCCUCAAAAUAAUGCCAUUCACUGCGGUGUUCCCAAACCCUUUAAUUACAUCCCCAAAACGAACAACACAUGGUGGGAACGUAAUAUGAGCUUUUUCCCGACUGUCCACGAUUCUAUCACACUGCCCGCCAUGACUCUGGCUUCAGAACGAACUCCUCCUCUUCCAACAAUCGCGCGCGAAGCACUGAUAAAUAAUCAAUGUGCAGCCGAAUAUCGUCAAUUUGCCGCUGCCAACCCCACGAAUCGGGACUGCUUAGCUCGCAAAUAUUUGUGUCGUCGCCAUAUGAAAACAACCCCUUCCCCGAACCUCACACUUCGAAACUUCAAUCUCCAUUUGGACCAGAUGAUUGAACUCAAAUACCCUAUAGGCAAUCUAGCUACGGCCAUAGGUGAAGCACUGGCUGUCAUUCAUCGGUUGGCUAACGUGGAUGCCUACGAUAUCGAAUUUGUUCUCGGCAGUGAAACAGACAGCAGAUACAAACAUAAUGUUCUUUCAACUCUCAAACCGAGUUCUGAUCAAGUGGUAGCUAUGCCAAUGUAUACAGAUAUCGAGCAUCUUCUAGCUGUCAAAUCUGAACGACAUGCAACACGCUUGUGGGUCUUUGAUUUCAACCUUUGCCACAUUUGGUACCAAGAUACAGGCAUAAACCAUCCCGAAUCACUUAUCACCCAUCUUGUUGAGGCAUUUUCCGAGGAUGAUCCUUACUAUCCCCUACCACUCAUGGAAAACGCCCUGGAACACGGAUUAUGGGACAUGUUUAGCAAUAGUCACAUUAGAAAGGCUAGUGAAGCUCUUCAGGCAAGGGACCCACGGCUAGCUUGUCUUCCACAGAAGUUCAUUGAUGGCUGUCUCGCGGGAGAUGGAGAGUCUCCGGAAGGGAAUUGGUCAUGGUCACCGUGA